CAUUGUUGCAACCUCAAAAGUAAAACGACCCCAAUCCGUGGGACAUGUACUGUAGCACGUCCUCACUCACCACCGGCGGGGGUCCCUCUCCCUACGGAAGCUCUCUUUCUCACCUCUGGCGGCUCCCUCUCCCCAGCAGCUCCCUCUCUCUCCGGCAGCUCUCCCUUUCACCUCCGGCGGCUCCCUCUCUCUGAUCCGGCCGCCACUCCUCCGAUCUGGCGCACCUCUCUCCCCGGUAGCUCUCUCCCUCUCUUGAGCAUCUCUGUCUGGUCUUCAGAUCCAAAACUCUUCUGCACGAAAAAAGCGAAAAUGAAAAAUAUCUUGAGCGAAAUGGCCAUCAGGAAACCUGGUUUAAUUGCUUUAUUUGAUGUGGAUGGGACCCUUACUGCUCCAAGAAAGGUGGCCACUCCAAAGCUGUUAGAAUUCAUGCGGGAGCUUCGGAAGGUUGUGACAGUCGGAGUCGUGGGAGGAUCUGACCUUAUUAAAAUAUCAGAGCAGCUUGGGAAGACAGUUAUUGAUGACUACGAUUAUGUAUUUUCUGAGAAUGGUCUUGUGGCUCAUAAAGAUGGGAAGCUUAUUGACACCCAGAGCUUAAAGACAUUUCUUGGAGAAGAGAAACUCAAGGAAUUUAUCAAUUUUACACUCCAUUAUAUUGCUGACUUGGAUAUCCCUAUAAAAAGGGGAACAUUUAUAGAGUUCCGAAGUGGCAUGAUCAAUGUAUCACCAAUUGGGAGAAACUGCAGCCAAGAAGAAAGGGAUGAAUUUGAAAAGUAUGACAAGGUUCUCAACAUUCGCCCGAAAAUGGUUUCUGUGCUUCGUGAGAAGUUUGCUCACCUUAACCUGACAUUUUCAAUAGGAGGGCAAAUAAGUUUUGAUGUUUUCCCUCAAGGUUGGGACAAGACAUACUGCUUGAGAUACCUGGAUGAUUUUCAUGAGAUCCAUUUCUUUGGUGACAAAACUUACAAGGGUGGGAACGACCAUGAAAUUUAUGAAUCAGAACGAACUGUCGGUCACACAGUUACAAGUCCUGAAGAUACAAUGGAGCAGUGUAAAGCUCUGUUCCUUGCAAACCCCUGAGCAUUGGGCAACUUUUUGAUUUUCCAAAUUUAUGCCAUUUGUAAUUUACAUGUAUGAAUAAUCAAGCUAGGCGAAGGAUUCAUUUCUUUGUAAAAGAAGUACUGUAAUUCAUUCUUGAACUAUGAUAUCUGCAUGCAUGCUUUUAUCUGAUAAGCAAUAACAUUGUUUCUUAUUCAUUCACUCA